CUGUGGUAAGGUGGCGUAUCGUCUCUCUCCGCGUCCCCUUCCUCGCCGCUUAGCUACAUGUGGGCAGGGAGAGACAGGGGAAAGGAAAUAAUAAUAAUAAUAAUAAUAAUAAUAAAACAUACACUAAGCUUUAUUUCGGCUCUGGAUGAGGGCACGCACGCCGAGGCGGGAUCCGCGGGGGAUGGAUCUAAGGAAUAUUUAACAUCAAACAUGGACACUACAGGCUCCCCCCUGAUGACUGUGGUAAGGAUGGAACUUCACACCGCCCCAUCGCAACCCAGUUUCAACUGAGAGGGAUAACAGUGUUCGUCGAAAGACGCAGAAGAGGAGAGGGGAGAAAAAGGCAUGCAUGCACUAAUAUAUCGGUGGAUGCAGUGCGCGCGUGCAAGCGUGUGAUAACAACUCUUACCAACGGCGCUUUGAGGAGCCCUGCCUUGUGGACACAAUUUAGGUGCAUUGGCCCUCCUUUGUCCCUUCCUUUCCCAUUACCCCUUCCCUUCUUCACCCUCAGCCAAUCCUACAGCCACCCACAGAACGGCUUUCCUGCAGUCCCUCUUAUAUAACAGGGGAACACAUAAGCCUUCUAAUCAUUUGCCAUGCAGGUUGGGACUGAGUAAUGCAAGUCUAGUGAGCAAAGACAUACAAAAGUAAGUGCAGGAGAAAACAAUUAAAAAAGGCAAUAAACACAGGAAGAUGUAGGAGUAGACAUAAACCAAAAGAAUAAUAUUUUUGGAAAACAAAAAAAUGUAAAGAUUUAUAUUUUGUACAUCAAACUUUUGGCUGAAGCUUAACAAAACCCAAGGCACGACAACAGGCGUUUUGCACGUACAAUCCCCCAUUUAGUUCUCUUUUAUUACUUGACACACACGCCACGGUCUCAUGAUGAUGUGCGAGGUGAUGCCCACCAUAUCCGAAGAUGGGCGAAGUGGCACCGGUGGAGGCCCCACCUCACCCGCCAGCGCGGGAAUCGGAGGCCCGGGAGGAGCAAUGGGUGGAGGAGGAUUCAGUGGCAGGGAGCCCAGAGGUGGAGGAGAUGAAGGAGGCAGCACAGGGAACUUGGAGUCUCUAAUGGUCAACAUGCUGACAGAAAGGGAAAGGCUGCUGGAGAACCUGAGGGAGACGCAGGAGAGCCUGGGUACAGCUCAGCUCCGCCUCCGUGAGCUUGGCCAUGAAAAGGAGUCCCUUCAGAGGCAGCUAUCAAUUGCUCUGCCACAGGAGUUUGCUGUGUUGACUAAAGAGCUGAACGUUUGCCGGGAGCAGCUUCUAGAGAGGGAGGAGGAGAUCGCUGAGCUGAAGGCAGAAAGAAACAACACACGUUUGUUGCUGGAACACCUGGAGUGUCUUGUGUCUCGCCAUGAGCGCAGUUUGAGGAUGACGGUGGUGAAGAGACAAGCCCAGUCCCCUGCAGGGGUCUCCAGUGAGGUGGAAGUCCUCAAGGCCCUCAAAUCCCUGUUUGAGCACCACAAGGCCCUGGAUGAAAAGGUUCGAGAAAGGCUCCGUGUGGCCCUUGAGAGGGUGUCCAUGCUAGAAGAUCAACUCGCAGCGUCUUCUCAAGAGGUAAUCUCUUUAAGAGACCAAAUUAAAAGACGUCAGCAAGGGGUGGACGGCGGGAAAGAUCGACUGCCCAAUGGUCCUUCCUCUGGACUGGAAGAUGGGGAGCUUGACAGACAGAGAGAAGGGGAGAUAGAGCGGCAGAGAGCUGAACUCUCCCAGCUGAGGGAGAGGCUGGCCCUCAUGUGCCGGCAGGUCGGGGAAAUAGAGGAACAGCUUGCCGCCGCCAGGAGGGAGGUGACGAAGUCAGAGGAGGCCAAUCAGAAGCUCCAAAGGGAAGUGAAAGAGGCCCUUUGCCAAAGAGAGGACAUGGAGGAGAGGAUUACAACACUAGAACGAAGGUACCUCAGCGCCCAGAGGGAGGCGACUUCUCUACAUGAUAUCAAAGACAAGCUGGAAAAUGAGCUGGCGAGCAAGGAGUCCCUGCACAGACAGAGUGAAGAAAAGAACAGGCAGCUACAGGAGCGUCUGGAUGAGGCGAAACAGAAGCUCCAGCAGACCCUGCAGAGGGCAGAGACAUUACCUGAGAUUGAGGCCCAGCUUGCACAAAGAGUGGCUGCUCUCAACAAGGCUGAGGAACGUCACGGAAACUUUGAGGAGCGACUACGGCAAAUGGAAGCUCAACUUGAGGAGAAGAACCAAGAGCUGCAGAGGGCCAGGCAGAGGGAGAAGAUGAAUGACGAACACAACAAACGCCUCUCAGACACUGUGGACAAACUUCUGUCAGAGUCCAAUGAGAGACUUCAGCUGCAUCUCAAAGAAAGAAUGGCAGCACUAGAAGAGAAGAAUGCUCUUUCUGAGGAACUGGCCAAUAUGAAGAAAAUCCAAGAUGAUCUUCUUGCUAAUAAGGAGCAGCUGAUUGCUGAGCUGGAGCGAGUCCAACUGGAGCUGGAUCAGCUGAGAGGAAGGCCAGGCUCGUCCUAUUCCAGGGCGGGCAGCGUGAGCUCACUUCCCUCCACCCUUUUUCGAAGAUCUCUUCCAGGGAGUGCCUCGGAGCUGCGGUACCCUCAGGGUGGAGGCUCACUCCCAGCUGGCUAUGGCAGCUCCUCUAGUGGGGUCGUGGUCAGGCGUCACCGUGGCCGUUGGGGGACUCCUAGAGAUGAUAGUAACAAGUAUGGAGAGUGGGACAGCAGCACUAUGCUGGGUCCUGGGUUUGAGGGCGGCGUGGAGGGAGGCUGCUCUGAUGAUGAAGAGGAUCGGGAGACUAUGUUCGGGUCAGAGCUGCUCUCUCCCAGUGGGCAGACAGAUGUACAGACUUUGGCCAUCAUGCUACAGGAGCAACUGGAGGCCAUUAACAAAGAGAUUAAGCUGAUUCAGGAAGAAAAAGAGAGCACGGAGCUGAGGGCAGAAGAGAUUGAGAGUCGGGUCAGCAGCGUAGCCCUCGAUGCCUCACCUCUUCCACCCUCUUCACUGGGUGGACGUGACAGUGUCGGGAGGGGCUACAUGACUCCCUCCAUCACCUCGUCCACGUUGGCGUCACCCUCGCCACCCAGUUCUGGACAUUCCACCCCCCGCCUGCCCCAUUCACCCGCCAGGGAGAGCGAUAAGCAGAACAACAAAGAUGGUGAAGAAUGCAGAGCACUCGCCCUGAUUGACUCCACCCCUCCGCCUGUUCCUCGAGCCCUACGGUUGGACCGAAUGACACACACUCACCCAGGGGCAGGCCUUGAUGAUCACCGUGAAUUUCGCAGUCUCUCUGCUGACGGUGCCACCACAGCUAGCCAGGAUUCCCUUCACAAAGCCAGCAAAAAGAAAAGCAUCAAAUCCUCUAUUGGUCGUCUCUUUGGCAAAAAGGAAAAGGGACGGAUUGGUGCACCUGGACGUGAAUCUGCCUCACUGGCCUCCACACCCUCUGAUGACCUGGGUUCAGCUGAUCCAUUAGGUCUGGCUAAACUUGGAACUGGAACAGUGGAAAAAGAUCGCCGCAGCAAAAAGAAGCACGACUUAUUAGAGGAGGCAUGUCGUCAGGGUCUGCCUUUCGCCUCAUGGGAUGGCCCGACUGUUGUUACGUGGCUUGAGCUGUGGGUCGGGAUGCCAGCGUGGUAUGUGGCAGCAUGUCGCGCCAACGUGAAGAGCGGCGCCAUUAUGGCAAACCUGUCGGACACAGAGAUCCAGAGGGAGAUUGGCAUCAGCAACCCUCUACACAGACUCAAACUUCGCCUAGCCAUUCAGGAAAUGGUCUCCCUCACCAGUCCGUCUGCACCCGCAAGCACUCGCUCUUCAACAAGUAACAUUUGGAUGACGCAUGCUGAGAUGGAGUCUCUCACUGCUGCCACCAAACCAGAGCAGAAGGAGUUCAGCUGGGAUCAGAUCCUGGCCUAUGGAGACAUGAACCAUGAGUGGGUGGGAAAUGAAUGGCUGCCCAGCCUGGGUCUACCCCAGUACCGCUCUUACUUCAUGGAAUCGCUGGUUGAUGCUCGCAUGCUCGAUCACCUCACCAAGAAAGAAUUGAGGGGCCAGCUGAAGAUGGUGGACAGUUUCCACAGGGUGAGCCUUCACUAUGGCAUCAUGUGCUUGAAGCGCUUGAACUAUGAUAGAAAGGAGCUGGAGAGGAGGAGGGAUGAGAGCCAACAUCAGAACCAAGAUGUGAUGGUGUGGUCCAAUGAGCGAGUGAUGUGCUGGGUGCAGUCUAUCGGUCUAAAAGAAUUUGCUGACAACCUGUUAGAAAGUGGGGUCCAUGGGGCCCUGCUGGCACUUGAUGACACCUUUGACUACACUGACCUGGCCCUCCUUCUUCAGAUACCAAAUCAGAACACACAGGCAAGGCAGCUCCUAGAGAAAGAGUACAAUAAUCUCAUCUCCAUGGGAACAGAGAGGAGGCCCGAUGAGGACGGCACAAAAACAUUCACACGGUCACCGUCAUGGAGGAAGAUGUUUAGGGAGAAAGACCUCCGUGGCGUGACCUCCGAUUCCUCAGAAACAUUACCUGCCAACUUCCGUGCCUCUGCCAUCUCGACCCCGUCUGUCACACUGAGAAAAGUCCAGAGUGAAGCAAACUCUGGUCCAAGAGCAGAGUCGGGGUCUGUGAGAACAUAUUCCUGCUAAAAAAAAAGAAAAGAAAAAUAAAGAAAUAAAUAAGCACACCAGAACCCCGCCUCCAACUCAACCCAAGGAAAAAACACAUUUUAGAGGAAAAAAAAACUGAGGAACAAAAAACGAAACAAAAAGGACACUAGAAGAUGACCAACAACCUUCGAGCCACAUGUCUCGAAAAAUCAAAGACACUGAGUGAAUGAUUUCUGAAAAGAUGUUAAAAAUGGAGUGAAUGUCCGUUUUCCCAUCAGUCUCUCUCUCUCUCUGUCUCUCUCUCUCUCUCUCUCUCUCUCUCUCUCUCGAUCCAUAGUUGUGGCAUGAUGCUGUUUGAUUCUGUAGAAAGUGGCCUGUAGAAAGUGACCAAUGCCUAUCGUGAAUUCAUCUUCUGUUUUUUUUUUUGGGGUUUUUUGAGUGUAAGACGGCAAUAUUGACACAAUGAAUUUAUAGUUUUUAAACUGGAAAAUGCAUUCCUGUUCCUAUCAAGAGAACAAUAGUCCAACACGCAUCCUUUAAGUUGGUCUGACUGUGAUUUAGAUUGAUUAUAGAACAUACUCAACAACGCCAAGUAACAUCACAAUACAGUAUGGUGUGGCGAGGGGGGAGGUUUAAGGCCAGAAUGUAGGAGUACACAAGGAGGACGAUAUGUAUGUUCUUAAGCCAUAACGGAGGUGAGAUGCACAAAUGUGAAUAGGACAGACAAUGAGACAAUUAGCAAAGUGCUUUAUGACAAAAUCCUGUUGAAACUGGGGGAAAAUGACUUGAGUUACGGAGCAUUUGUGUUAAUAUGCAUGCCAAAUUCAACCAUUUUAGAGUGAACGUCAUGAUAUCGAUCAUCAAAUGAUGUGAAAGCAGGACUUUGUAAAAUGUGUGUAUUUUAUUUUUAUCAUUUUUUUAUGAUAACUGCUAUUGUAUGUAUGUAUGUAUGUACAGUAUGUAUGUGUGCGUAUUAAACUGUACGUUCAUUUCAUACUUAGUUUUAAGACUGACUGUAAUUUCAUUUUAGGUUGACAAAGGAAAUAUGUUUUAAAUUAUGGACAUUUAAGAUAUGCUACUUGUAUGUGUACAUUUUGGACAACAAAUUGUGUUAUGAUUUCAAUUCAUAUUAUUGGAGAGUAGUGAUGAUAAUUGAUUAUAAUAUGAUAACAAUAAUGAUAAUGAUUGUAAAAGCUGUAAUUAAAAAAAA